UUAUUGUACUCGAUUGUGCGUGAUUGAACAUCGCAGUGUCAAAGGAAAUCAGAAAAUGUAGUGAUUUUGAUUGAAUAACAAAGGACACAAAUCAAUUUUAUAAUACUCAUAAUUUCUUCAUUAUCUUGUCAGUGAGGGCCGUAUAUCUAUUUAUGGAUCGAGCUUUAUGCCCAGACAAAGGCAUUAAAGAUUCAUCUGCUAUUUGUUUACUUGCAUAAUUAUAAUAGAAGUGAUAGCAAUGGAAGGUGUUAGCUCAUCGCCAGAUGAGCACACAGCUUCGGAAGGCGAAGAAGCCAGAAAAAUGACCAGAGAAUCACCAGGAAACCACAAUAAUGAUCAAGGUUUUCCUCAAGCGACCUCUUCCGCGAACAUUUCACAGUUAGAAGAAAAAAUGCGUCGCAAGCUGCAGUUUUUCUUUAUGAACCCGAUAGAGAAGUGGCAAGCCAAACGGAAGUUUCCAUACAAGUUCGUCGUGCAGCUCAUCAAGAUAGUGCUGGUGACGUUUCAACUGUGUUUGUUUGCUCACAACCGAUACAAUCACGUCAACUACACUGAAGAUAACAGGGUGAGCUUCUCGCACUUAUUCCUUCUGGGCUGGGAUUCCACGCGCGAGAUCAACACUUACCCGCCGGGUGCAGGCCCCCUUGCUGUCUACAAAUUAGAAGAAUUCUAUAAUACACUUGAUUAUGCUUAUGCUGGAUACUAUAAUCUUUCCAAUGCCAUAGGGCCAUACUCUUACAAUGAUGAAAAUAAUAUUCCACCCCCACCACAAUUCUGCCAGUUCAACUACAAAAAAGGGGUAAUAAAUGGAUUUAAUGAAAGUUAUGAAUUUAAUGCAGAAAUAGUAUCUUCGUGUGUUAAUUUCACUCAAACAGGAGGCCUAUUCAGUUCACAAAAGUUCAUCAAGGAAUCAAACUUAGAAGUCGAUUUUGCAUCUUUAGUAAGAGCUGAAAUGUUGUUUUCUAUUAAAACUAUUAACUUCAGAGCUGCAGGCCCCAUCACUCCACCAGACUGCUUCAGAUUUGAUGUUGCUAUAGUUUUUGACAAUGAAGACCAUGACGGUCAAAUGUCUUUGAGCUUGGAAGCCGAACCAUAUAAACUAACUUGUAAAGGAGACAAGGAAUAUGUGACGGACAACAAAAUAGAUCAGAUAUUACGAAGCAUCCUCAACAUUCUAGUUAUUUUGAUUUGCUCUAUGUCACUCAUGCUCUGCAGCCGAGCAAUUUAUCGAGCUCAACUUCUUAAAGAGCUUACUGUACAAUUCUUCCGACAAGCUUAUAAUAAGGAACUAAGUCUGGAUGGAAGACUAGAAUUCCUAAAUGUUUGGUACAUCAUGAUUAUUGUCAAUGACAUCCUCAUUAUCAUGGGUUCAGCAAUCAAGGAGCAAAUAGAGCGCAACCAGUUCACCAAUGAUCAAUGGAAUGUCUGCUCAUUGUUUUUAGGCACUGGAAACCUGUUGGUUUGGUUCGGAGUACUAAGAUACUUAGGUUUUUUCAAGACCUACAAUGUUGUCAUCCUAACAUUAAAGAAAGCUGCUCCUAAAAUAUUCAGAUUCUCAAUAUGUGCACUCCUCCUUUAUGCAGGUUUUACUUUCUGCGGCUGGUUAAUACUAGGGCCGUAUCACAUGAAAUUCCGAUCACUUGCCACUACAUCCGAAUGUUUAUUCUCUUUAAUAAACGGCGACGAUAUGUUUGCUACCUUCUCUGUAAUGUCUAAGAAAUCGCAUUUACUUUGGUGGUUCAGUCGCAUAUAUCUAUAUUCAUUCAUCAGUUUGUACAUAUAUGUUGUUCUGAGCUUGUUCAUUUCUGUUAUUAUGGAUGCCUAUGACACUAUUAAACAGUAUUAUAAAGAGGGAUUCCCUAAGAGUGACUUGCACACAUUCAUGGGCGCUCCGCGGUGCGACGACGUGUCGUCAGGACUGUACCGUACUCAGAGCUCCAACUCCCUCAAUGCUACUAUGAAUUCAUUGUUUUGUUGUAACUUCUACAGAAGUGCAUACUCUAAGAUAGAAGGGGGCGGAUCUAGUAUGAACCUGUUCUAGAUAAAAUUAAUUAGCAUUGUUAUUUACGAAUGUACAUAGUUACAUUAUCAGAGAAAAGUAUUUAUAAAGAGUGUCAAUAUAAUAACAAAAAAAUAUAUUUCGCCGCAUAUACAUGUUCUAGAUAAUGUACGUGUCAAUGGUUAAAUUGAAUGAAAAGUCUGCUAUUCAGAGGCACAAAUUAACGAUUAAGAUUGGCACUGUUUAUAAUUGCCUAGUCUCUGAUUAUCUAUAAGUGUUUGUAUGAUAUUAGAUAUUAUCUGUAUAUGUCGCAAUCAUGUUAGGAAUUAGGGCAGUUAUAAGGUAGCUUCGAGGCCGAAAUGUCGAAAUCCCAAAGUUAAGGAUAGGUUUCUAGUACAGUCAAUAGCAGAUUUAUAUAAAAGUGCUAAAAGUGGCACAGAACCCCUGUGGAGGUGCAGGUAUUUUCUGCGAACUGUACUGUAUUAUAGUUACCAAAGGAAGAUUAUUUCUUGCCUACCUUAGUCACAUAAAAACAUCGCAUAGAUGAAAUAUAUGAACGAAAAUGUUGUUUAUUGUAAGUACCUAUGGAGUUGCAAUACCUAUUGGUAUUAUAUUUUAAACGUUUUUAUUGUUUUUUUUUUACAUCAGAUACUAUAUUAUACCUAACAAAAUUAUUGUGCUUACUUUUUAUUCAAUAGUGCAGAGCCAGGAUCAUGAAUGUCAUGAUUGGUAGAGAUGGUAGAGUUGUUACAUGUUUCAAAUGUCCUCUGUAUCUUAUCAUUAGUAGGUUGAUACAUCGAACCUAUUCUACGUUUUUCACUGUGCAUGUUUUAGUAAUAAUUGUAUAAGUAUUGAACUAUUCUAUGUUCGAGAUAUCGAGAAUGUUUUUGCAUGAUUAAACACCAUUUUGGGUAAACAACUAAAAAUAUAAGUACCUACUUGUGUAUGUACCUAUUUUAACUAUUAGUGCAACUUUGUUAAAAGUACUUACGUUUUAAUUAUAGGUCAUCAUUUUAGUAUAAAUAUUUGUUUUGGAUAAGCAAUUUUAAUUUUAUUUUUGUUGAAAUAAAAUUCAAGAUAGCUUUUUUAACCUAAGAUAUCAUCAAAAGUAACCAUUUUUUAUGUCGAUGAAAAAUAAAUAACAUAAUAAGUUACGUAUGAAAUCAUGUAGGUACAACUUGCUAAUUCAUCAAACUAGCAUGAAAUAUCUAAUCUAACAGAACAAUGGGAAAGUCAUAAAUGUACUAUUCUAUACCUAUCUAGAAAUAUACCUAUUUUUGUACCUAC